UGCACCAAUGGACACCUGAUGUGCGCCGGGUGCUUCAUCCACCUGCUGGCGGACGCGCGGCUGAAGGAGGAACAGGCCACGUGUCCCAACUGUCGCUGUGAGAUCAGCAAGAGCCUGUGCUGCCGGAACCUGGCGGUGGAGAAGGCUGUGAGCGAACUGCCCUCGGAGUGUUGGUUCUGCACACAGCAGUUCCCCAGGUCCCUCCUGGAGCGGCACCAGAAGGAGGAAUGUCAGGACAGGGUGACGCAGUGCAAGUACAAGCGGAUCGGCUGUCCCUGGCAGGGGCCGUUCCACGAGCUGAGUGUGCACGAGGCCGAGUGUACCCAUCCCACCAAAACCGGCAACGAGCUCAUGGACAUCCUGGACGAGAUGGACCAGACGCACAAGAAGGAGAUGCAGCUCUACAACAACAUCUUCAGCCUCCUCAGCUUCGAGAAGAUCGGAUACACGGAGGUGCAGUUCCGCCCGUACCGCACGGAUGACUUCAUCACGCGCCUGUACUACGAGACGCCGCGGCUCACCGUGCUCAACCAGACCUGGGUGCUCAAGGCUCGCGUCAACGACUCGGAGAGGAACCCCAACCUGUCCUGCAAGCGCACCUUGUCCUUCCAGCUCAUCCUCAAGGGCAAGGUCAACUCCCCCAUGGAGUGCUCCUUCCUGCUGCUGGAGGGACCCUACGACGACGUGAAGAUCCACCCGGUGAUCUACCACUUCGUCUUCAGCAACGAGAGCAACGAGACAGAGUACCUGCCGCUGCCCAUUGUGGACUCGGUGGAGUGCAACAAAGUCCUGGCGGCCAAGAACAUCAACCUGAGGCUUUUUAUAUUCCAGAUCCAGAAGUAG